GUCAAAAGUUGCUUUGCUUUGCUUCGCUCAUGAAAAUGCGAAUUCGUCGUUGUUGGUUUGUGACGACACAUUUAGGUAUUAAAUAAUUUCUUGCAAGUUUGCCCCUAUUUAGUAAAUAGUGAUACAUUACAACCAAAAAUAGACGGUGCAAUGAUUUGCAUUUCUCUUGUAAGACGCGCAGUAUUCCUUCGGCCACAUUGGAAACUAUCAUUUGCGAGGAAGGGUCAAACUAGUUAACACAUUAUCUAGAGAUCAAUGUACUCUAGGUUGUUAUUUUAUAUCAGGCUAGAACAAGAUGACUCUGCCACAAGAAAGUUGUGAUGACAUGAAUAUCUUACCAAAUGAGUUAAUAAUAACGAUUUUCAAACUGCUGCCUUUGGAAUCGUUAUUAGCGUGUCAACAUGUUUGCCAGCGCUGGAAGAAGCUAGCUCAAGAUGCCUCAAUCUGGAGAUCUAUAUUGAUUGUAUAUUCAGGGAAGCCUGGUCAAAGUGAAGUUAGUGAAAGGAAUCUAGAGAUUAUAUCAUCUCAAAGUGCAAGUAUCUUUUGCCUUAAGUUACAAUAUGUGUAUAAUUACCAAUUUAUAAAAUCUAUCCUUCAAAGAUGUGAUAACAUUAUGUUAUUAGAUCUUGUUAUGUGUAGAAUUGGUAAAGAUUUUGAAGAUGAUGUGAAAAAAUGGCCCAACCUAAAAAAAAUAAAUUUAAAAAACUCUCUUUUGCUAGUUAACAAUGACGAUGUCAUUAUCCAAUAUGAUCAAUUUAAGUAUUUAAAAUACUUAGCUCUUUCUGACUUUGGUUUAUCUAGUUCAAAUUGUUAUAGUUUAUUAAAAUGUACUUAUUUGAGUAAUAUACUCAUUGAAAAAAUUAAAAAUCUAAAUAUAGAUUAUGUAAAAGAAUUAAUUAUCUCAAAGCAGCAUAUUUUAGAAACAUUUCACAUCUAUGGAGGAGAUUCAGUUGACGAUAGAUGUUUACAAUUAUUGUCAAAAUGCCAAAUGCUAAAAGACUUAGCGAUAAUAAGAUGUGAGAAUCUCACAGAUGCAGGGUUGGUAGCUCUAGCAGAUCUGAAGCAUGCAGAACAUUUACAGAUUUGGAACAACAUUAAUUUCACUGAAAUCAAUUUACUGAGGACUCUAAGCAGUCCUAACUUGAUCUGUUUACAGAGUUUGAGCUUGUCCAGGAUAGGGAAUGUCUCUCCAGUCAUUGUUGAUGUAAUAUCAGAGUACUAUAAAAAUCUAAAAUUUUUAGCAGUAUACCAAUGCCCAAGAAUAAUUAACACUGACUAUGAAAAGCAAUUAAAAUCGAAAUUCCGGAAUAUUGAUGUUGUAUUGUAUUAAUUUUGAACAUAAGUUAUGUUGGUUCAUUGUCAGUAAGAUCUAAAUACUUUUUUAAAUCCUGUGUAUGUGUUUCUUUCAUUUUACCAAAGAUAUUGUGUACUUAUUUCAAUCAUUUUACCAAAGAUAUUGUGUACUUAUUUCAAUCAUUUUACCAAAGAUAUUGUGUACUUAUUUCAAUCAUUUUACCAAAGAUAUUGUGAUAUUAAAAUCCUUUCAACAUGUGUUUAGUCAAUUAGUUGUUAAUAUUUAUGUAAUUAAUAUUUUUUAUUGUAAUUGUAAGUUUUAAUUAAUACUAUAACAUUAGUGUUGGUAAGGUUAUUUUUUGACAAAGGGUGUCUUGUAAAAUAAACCAGAAUAAGUAAAAUCCACAUAAGUCUAUUCACUGUAUAAAUAAUGGCAAUUCUAUAACAAAAAUCCGAAAAGUAAAAUAUUUGUCUACGUAGACAAUUUUAUAUUAUAUAAAUACAUCACUGAUGAAGUGUA